CCUUUUCUCCUUCUCUCCUUCUCCCUCUCCCUUUCCCUCUCCUUCCCCUUCUCCUUCUCUCUCUCCUCUCCCUUCUCCUCCCCCCCUCCUCUCCUUCGUCUUUCUUCCAUGUGUUCUGUGCAGUGAAAAGAGAUAUGUUCACCCCCCCCAUUUCAACAAAGGCCACCACAAUGUCUCCCUCGUAUCCCUCGACCUCAUCCCCGUCCUGCACACGCUUCACGCCCUCCAUGCCCCCAGAAUGUCUGGAACGCAUCGUCUUCCACGCAGCACAGGAUCACCGUGUUCUCUCAACGCUGAUGCAAGUCAACUCCACCCUCUUCCGCAUCGCAACACCCUAUCUCUACCGUGAAGCAUUCAUAUUUAAGUUUGGAGACGAGUUCCUCCUCGACUGGGACACCGAGGCAUGGACUCAGCAUCUUCGAGAGGUCCGGCAUGCAAAACUGCUGUUGCUUUACCUCGCCUGCACCGAUACUGUCCAGACCUUGCUGACCUCUGGCUCAGGAGGAGAAGGAGAAGGGGGAAGAGGGGGAGGAAGUUGGAGAAACAAAGGCAAGGGUGCAGCUGCAGAUUUAAAGAUGGUACACAAAUACAAGUACCUCUGCACCACCACCACUAAUAGCACCAGUAGCCACAGCAAACUUCAGCGAGACCCUACGGGUUCACAUGCGUCGGCUCUGUCCUCUGCAUCUUUUCCAGAACGGGAGAGCGAUGGGUCCCGCAGGCACUCACUACCACCGCCACCACCUGUGGAGAGGAUACCGCGGAUGCUGGAGGAUGUUCUUAGGUCUUAUAUGAAGCAAGGAUCGACCACCAGCACUACAGCGUCGCCUACAACAGGGAGACGACGAUCUGUGAUCAUGUUUAGUUGCAAAAAGGACGACGAGCCUCGGCCCUGGGCCCCAAAACCACAUACGGUCAAUUAUCUGGAUUAUGUGGAGCAUCUCGAGCUCGAUUCCUUUCUCUCGACAUCCAUCCAGGUUCUCUUCUCAACCUCUGCAGCGAGUUUUACGGGAUCUAAACCCUUGUCAAAGAUAUCUCCACAGCCCCAUUUACCAAUGAGGGAGAACUCCUACACAGAAGAGAGGGCUUUUACAGAGCGUGUCCUGUUGCAGUCCACGGCCCAGCAUAUCACGACACUUUCGCUCUCGGUUGCGACAUUUGCACGUUUGCAACGUGAACUCAUGGACUAUGUCCUCGACACGCCUUCGGCCUUCACAUCCUCACAUGACAACAAAUGUUCAUCGUCAUCACCAUCCUCAUCAUGUUCACCAGCAUCCAAGAACAGCGCGGGCAUCAGGACGGGAGCGCCGUUAUCGCAGCUAUCUCGGAUAAGCAUCUCAGGGCUACAUGCGGAGCUUAAGCCGAAAGUCCUGAGAGCCAUCCGAUGGUUCGUUCGUCGCCAUGUGCUCACCUACCCCGGAGUACUCACUUCCAUCGUCUUUGACGGUCCAGGCGAUACGAUCGUCAAUCGGAGGCGGCAACGGAAUCGAAACGUCGUCGGCGUAGAACCUAUCUUGCCUGGAGUUGUUCAUUUUAAUAACCAAUAUACCAACAACGAUGAUACGGAUGAAGUGGAAGAGUAUGAUGGUGCACCGACGAGUAACUCUCCCUCGGGCGUCUUGUUUGUUGACGCAACGGGACAUAUCAACAACAUCUUUAAUGGAAACCACAACGUCGCAACGGAAGCCUUCCCAGCUGAUUUUCAUUCCCAGUACUAUCUCUUGAGUCGUAACCCGGAUGAGUCGUGCGAACUGGAUUUUAUGGGCAUUAUUCAGGAACUGAAGGGACAGCUUGAGGUGCUGGAUCUUUCACAGUGGUCGUGGAGUGCGCUCACUCAGCAGGCCCUCGAUAUGAUUCCGACAGAACAACUUUUGAUACUGCGAUUCCAUUCACGGACCCGGAUUCAGUCUCCGCAUGGGUCUACAUUCCUGAAGAACUGUCCCCUGUUGGAGACACUGGAGAUCCACGCAUUCGACUCGGAAAUGCUCGAUUUGGACGACAACAGCGCCAGUUUGGCACACUUGCAAAUCGACCCAACGUCAGGUUGCUCAUCAUCAUCAUCAUCAUCACCUCGGGCUCUUCCUCACGCAUCUCUCAACACCCUGUCGCUCACGGGCAGCGUACCCAACGUUCUUCCAGCAGUCAGCGAUGCUAUCCGCACCAUGGGAGACUCUCUUAUUACCAUUGAUCUGUCUGCACAUCUGGACGGCUUCCUCUCGACCAAAGAAACUCUGCGGCUCAUGGACUGGAGCACCUCGCUCUCGAUCUCGAGCAUCCCUCUUCUGACGACUCUGCAUCUCCAUGGGCAUCUGGCCAUGACAUUUGACGCCCCGCUCUUGCUGGAGUUAUGUCCUACCCUCAGAUACUUUGGGCUCGCCAUCAAAUCCUACACGAGCUCAAGUUUUGUCCGACCGGAGCUGGCGCGUGUGCUGCCUCGGUUCAUGGUACCCAUGGACAGGGAGAGUUCCGCACCAACAGAUAGCGCGUUGUCGAUCAGAUCCACAGAAAUACAAAAGUUCUCACUCAAGGCCUUGGAGCUCGAGGGACCCUGGAUCCUGACAGAUGAUGACAUGGAGCAGAUGGGUGAACAAAUCCGUGGACUGAUUGUCCUGAACCUCGUCGGAUGCCGGUUUUACCCCGCCCGUCGAACGACCAAGGCCAAUGUCCGAUCCGAACCCGAGGACGAGGAAAUAUCGUCGGUGGCGCGUCUUGUAGAGCGCGUUCAGGACACGCUGCGCACGCUCUGUAUCCAUCGGCGCGGCCUAGAAGGCAAGCCCCGGCGCGACUCGACCGAUUACUCCACCCUCUUCUCCGCUCCUCCCUCCCCAACUUCCUCGCGCUCCACCCCUCACCUGCCACCAACCGUGCCCUCGGAACCCGUGCUUGCGUUCAAGAAGCGGUUUCCGAACGUGAAGCUUCUAAUCCGCGAGAAGCAACACGCACACAGCUUCGUGCUGGCGCCCUCGUUUGAGACUCUCCGACGGAUCCACCAUCCACUGCCCCCGCCGACCGCUCGAAAUUCCUCAUCAUUUUCAGACAUGCUCGGUCAACCCUCGACUCCGUAUAUGGCCCACGAGUUCUCGGGCCAGAACUCUGGCUGGCGUCGUGCACGGAAUGCGAUGCUCUUUCUGAAGAGACGCAAGGUCUAUUCUCCAAAUGGAUUCGAGAACGGGCAAAUCCGGUCUUGGGGCAGAAGUGGGGAUGUAGGAGGAAGUUGGCGGAGGGGGUUUGGGUUGUCGAGGACCUCGACAAGUUUGUCGCUCUCCGGUAUUGCGCCCAGAUUCUUUCGCGGGUAGAUCCUCCCCCAUCUUCCAAAAAAAAAAGCUUGUAUAAUAAAAUAAUAGAGAC